AUGAGCAACACUGCGGCCGCGACGACGGCACCGGCGACGGGCGGCACCACGACCAGCACGGCGGCCAACGUGCGCACGUGGGCGGGCCACCGGCAGGCCUUCCCGCUGGGCCAGUCGCACACGCCGCUCACGUCGAUGCCCACGCUCGGCCGGGCGCUGACGGACGGCAACCUCAACGAGGUGGGCUUCGUCAACUCCUUCCUCCAGCACUUGGCCCAGCAGUCCGGACCCGAUCGAGAGGACGACUCGGACGAGGACGCCAAGUACGAGGAAGAGGACGAGGAGGCGGCCCGCGAGUACGAAGACGACGAGGACUACUACGCCCGCAACAAGAAGCGACGCUCCCGCUGGCGCGCCAACUACCCCAAGAUCAAGAAGCCCAAGCGACCCACCGGCGACGGCGGUGGCUCGUCGGCCUCCUCCUUGUCGUCGUCUUCGGCUUCACGUCGCCGCGCGAGCGUCAGCGUCACCGCCAGCAACUACGGCGCCGGCGGCAGCGGCAGCGGCAUGGUGAGGAGGGAACAGCGGUCCAACUCGGUCUCGUCCUACUUCGCCAUGCGCAACAACGAGGCCAACAACAACAUGAACAUGAACAUGAACGCCAAUGUCACCGAGAACAGCAACGGCAGCAGCAGCCCCUCGUCGGCGUUCGGCGGUGACUACAUCGACUCUCGCCUCUGCUCGCCGCCCGACCAUCACCAGCAGCCGCCGCCGCCUGCCCCGCGGUCUUCCUACUCGCACGGCGGCCGCCCCGACCUGGGCCUGCCCGAGUGGAUGGCCGCCCCCUCGUUGCCCUCUGGCGGCGGCCCCGACCACGACGAGCUGCCCGCCGUGCCCAGCCCGCCGCCGCUCUACCCGGUGGGCCUCCCCUCCAUCCAGCCCUUCUACCCGCCCCCGCCCCCGCCCCACCACCACCACGACCAGCGUCACCACCACCUCCUCCAGCGUUCGGCCUCCUCUCCCGCCGUACUUCCGCCGUCCUACGCCUCCUUCUCGUCGCCCGCACGUCUGGCCGACGCCAACGAGCCGUACUACUCGCCGCAGCACCACUACCCUACCGUGCAGCAGCAGCAGCAGCCGCCGCCGUUGUCGGCCUCUACGUGGGGCAUGCCCCCUCCCGUGCCGGUCUCGCUCACCACCAACGUCGCGACGGCGGCCAUGGGCGACGAGGACGAUGAAGUCUUGGAGUCGAGCAGCACCGGCAUGCCGCAGCAGCAGCGCCCGCUCGACUACAUGGCGGUGGCGGGUCCGCCGACAGACGACGACGAGGGGUCGUGGCUGGAGGACCUGCUGCGCAUGGAGCAGCCCUCGUCGGCGGCCGACAGCUCGUCCUUCCCCUCCACGCCCCUCUCGCCCGCCCACGCCAACCACCACCACCACAGCGUGCACGGCCAGCACCAGCCGACCUCGUCGGCCAAGGACGCCUUCUACGCCGAACUCUUCGGCUUCUGA